ACAUGACGGUGGAAUUCGCCGAUUCCAGCAUGGCAAGGGAGCCCCAUGGGGAUCAGGACAACAAUGGAGAGAAUCUGCUCGAGAUCGAAGUCAACAACGUCACAAAGGAAGGCCACCCAAAACCAGAUCCUCAACAAUUCAAACUGCUCAAGGUCCUUGGGCAGGGAUCGUUUGGGAAAGUUUUCCUGGUCAAGAAGACCGUGGGACCCGACUCUGGCACUCUGUAUGCGAUGAAAGUUCUCAAGAAAGCCACGCUUAAAGUUCGCGAUCGAGUUCGCACGAAAAUGGAGAGAGAUAUCCUAGCGGAAGUACGACAUCCGUUCGUCGUGCGAUUGCAUUACGCUUUCCAGACGGAAGGAAAACUCUAUCUCAUCCUAGAUUUCUUAAAAGGUGGGGACCUCUUUACUCGUCUAAGCAAAGAGGUCAUGUUCACCGAACAAGACGUGAAAUUCUACCUCGCCGAACUGGCACUUGCCCUGCACCAUUUGCAUUCACUCGGAAUCAUAUACAGAGAUCUCAAACCCGAAAACAUUCUUCUCGAUGCCGACGGUCACAUCAGCCUCACAGACUUUGGUCUGUCCAAAGAAGCACUGCAAGAUGAGAAGGCCUACUCAUUUUGUGGAACCGUGGAGUAUAUGGCCCCAGAGGUCAUAAACCGGAAGGGUCACACCACCGCGGCAGACUGGUGGUCAUACGGAGUUCUGAUGUACGAAAUGCUCACCGGAAGUCUGCCGUUCCAAGCCCAGACGCGCAAGGAGACUAUGUAUCAAAUUCUGAAGGCUAAGCUCAGCAUGCCGCAGUUCAUAUCACAAGAGGCUCAACUUUUGCUGCGAGCGCUCUUCAAGCGGAACCCCGAUAACAGAUUGGGCUCGGGUCCCAAUGGUAUCGUAGACAUAAAAUCCCAUCCAUUCUUCCAUUCGAUCGACUGGGAAGCCUUAUACAAUCGGCAGGUUACCCCACCGUUCAUACCCGCUGUCAACCGAUCGGACAACACUGUCUACUUCGACAAAGAGUUCACUUCAAAAACACCCGAGGAUUCGCCUGGCGUACCGCCAUCUGCGAAUGCACACGAAUUGUUCAAGGGGUUUAGCUUCGUUGCGCAACUCGACCAGGAAGACGUGAAGCCAAAUGGCGAUCCUUCGAAAUGGUAUAACCUAAACUAUAAGGACUCCAUACACAAGGAUUACGAAAUCAAAGAAGAAAUAGGCCGUGGAGCUUUCUCGGUCUGCCGGAGGUGUGUUCAUCGAUCGUCCGGGAAGGAGUAUGCCGUAAAGAUUGUGGAUAAGUAUAAGAAGGACUGCCAAGAAGAGAUUGAGAUCCUCCUGCGGUACGGUCAGCACCCGAAUAUCUUGACCGUGUACGACGUCUAUCACGACAGCGCUUCUGUGUACAUCGUCAUGGAAUUGCUCAAAGGCGGAGAACUGCUCGACCGGAUUCUCUACGAGAAGCAUUUCAGUGAGCGCGAGGCAUGCGCAGUGAUCGAGGUCGUUGCGAAAUCGGUGAAGUUUCUGCAUGACAACGGCGUAGUUCACCGAGACCUCAAGCCCUCGAACAUCAUCUAUUCUGAUUCGUCCGGAGCCCCUGACAGCCUCCGUAUCUGUGAUUUCGGUUUCGCGAAACAGAUGAGAGCAGAAAACGGCCUUCUCAUGACGCCGUGCUACACGGCGAACUUCGUAGCGCCCGAGGUCCUAAAGAAACAGGGCUACGACGAAGCGUGCGACAUCUGGUCGAUGGGCGUGCUAUUAUACACAAUGCUGGCAGGUCAUACUCCGUUCGCUUCCUCGAACGAUUCGCCAGACGACAUCCUGGCCCGUAUCGGGGAGGGUAAAUUCGAUCUCGAAAAAGGCAACUGGGCCAACAUUAGUCCUCCGGCUAAAAACCUUGUGGAACGAAUGCUUCACGUUGAUCCUAAGCAACGAUACAAGGCUGCUGACAUCCUGCAACACCCCUGGAUCUUAUCGAAGAGCUCUUUGCCCACCAGGCAAUUGACACAUAGUCAGGAUGCGCGACAGAUCAAAGCAGCGGUUGAUGCGACCUUUAAGGCAAUAAAUUCUACACAAAAAAGUCCUGUCUUGGAACCUGUGGACGCGUCGAGCCUCGCCCGGCGGAGGAGGAACAACGUGCCCUCACCUCUGAGCAUCAAAAAAGCUUGAGCUCCCGCAAACGUCUAAGCCCUCUCUCUCCCAACUCGUCCCUCCGGCAUGGGUACCGAGGGAAAACUCCUCCUCCUCCUUUUUUCUCUACAAGCCAAACACUGAGGUUUCGCGAGCCUCUGAGUUUCUGGCAUCUGCAGCCAUAUCCGCGACCGGCCAUCCACGAUCUGCCACGACCUCCGCGUGCAGAGGUCGCCUGUGGAAGGAGGUCUUCCCUUGCUGUGAUUGCCACACUAUUUAUUAGUAUUUAAACUCGGAUACCUCGAGUGUCGAGCAUCUUACAGCCUGGACCUAGUGUUCUCGACCGUUUACAACAAUUUUGUAGAAUUUUCGCCAUCGGGACCCGCUUCCUUUGUACAUUCAUUUAGCACGUAAUGAAUUAUGCAUGUUUGAGUCAUCAGGAAGUCGAGACGGCAACGAAAUCGUGCUCCGUUCGACGAGCCGAUGAUUGUUAGAAAGCUUUUGCCUCCCAAUACCGACGCGGUCAAACACAUUCGCUGUAUAUAAACCUCAGUUGUAGAAAGCUGACUGAAGAGGAACGAGCAUUGAAUACCAAACUCGGGAUGAACACCGGCCUGUACAUACAAACAUUCAUCGUAGGGUCAGACCAGUGUACCUGAAAACCUGAUCUGUAAUUUGUGAACGGAAGCCGAACGGCCAAUUGUCUUCAUCGGGCUACGACUGAAUAUACUGUCCUCACGACGAUCCCACUGGUUAAAUCCAACACGGGCAGUAAUCGCGAACCAUUUUCAUAUGAAUGCCCAUCCCCUUUUCAAUCGGAAUCCGUGGCUGAACCGAAGCAGCUCAACCCCUCUCGACUCAAAGCGAUUCUCUCCCAUUCGUCUAUCGGUGAACCGCUCUGUCGAACACGAGAUAUCUAAUUCGCAUCGAUGAACUUCCCUAAUUGUGAGAGUCGAAAAUAUUGCAGUAACCAUUGUUCUGACACUCACUCACUGACUCAUUCAUUCAAAUUUCGACUUCUUAACUUAUUCAGAUGUCUUUCGAAUACUUCGACGCUGAUCUUCCAUGGGAUAUCCGCGGCUGUCGAUUUGCCACUUGAUGAUGAUAACAAUAAUGAUGAUGAUCACCGUUUUACUCUUAGCCUCUGAAUGAUUGUGAAAUUAAAUUCUUCCAAUGUAUCCAAAUGCGAUGAUGAACGAGACGAAGCUCGGAGGCAAGGAGCCGCUGUGCACGCAAUCAAGCCACAGCGUAGGCGAAGUGCCAGCGGCGGAUCCUCAGACGGAAAUUAACUUGUUGAUACCGCUCGAACAGUGCUAAGAUUGUUGUUGGGUUUUGUAGAAAUUCCGGAUGGUGUACAUUCUCGAAUGAUCUUUCCGACCGAUUAACUAGCGGCUACGCCGCUCGAUAUUCAG